AUGGAUAAAUUUGAAAUUGAGUCUUGUGUAAAAUGGAUUGAAAGCAAUAAUUUUAAUAUUGUUGCAUUACAAAUACCUGAUGAAGAUCUUGAUAAAGUACAAGUUUUAAUAGAUACUUUAACAUCAUCUGUUCAUAUUGAGAAUAUAGAAUUCUUUCUUGUUGGUGAUGGAUGUUCACCAUGUUGUAAUGAUUUAUUAAAUACUCAAUAUUCUCAAGCACAAGGUUUAAUUCAUUUUGGACAUUCAUGUCUUGCAUCAUCAUCUUUUGAUGAUAAUCAACAAGCAAUUUCCGUAUUCUAUGUUUUCUAUCAACAAUCAUUACCGGAAGAUGCUUCAAUUUUUCUCUCAACAAACAGUGAUAGUGACAAGUCUUAUUGUCUUGUUUUCUAUGAUCCAUGUUACCGUGAUGCUAUUGAACAGUAUUCAACAACAGCAACAACAUCUUCUCGUUUAAUUUUCUCUAAAAUUAACCUACAAAAUCCUGUUGAUUCAUCAUCGUUUUCUCUUUAUGGCCGUUCAGUACAACUACCUGUUCCGCUUGAUCCAUCGAAUUAUUCAAUCAUUUUCAUAUCUCAUUCAAAAGCAUCAUUACAUAACUUCGCUCUUUAUUUCUAUGCUUAUGAUUUUCGUUCAUUUCCAACGAAUACAAUAUCUAGUAGUAAACUCUUAAGUAAACGUAUGUAUGCAAUAGAAUGUGCACGAAAUGGUUCAUCAUAUGGUUUACUUAUAUCUUCAAAUUCUUUAUUAAAUCUUCCAUCAACUAUUCAUACAUUACUUGAUCGUAUCAAACAUUUAUUUGAUAAAAAUAAUCGACAAUAUUAUACAUUUUUAAUGAAUACAUUAUCGAUAACAAAAAUGAAUAAUUUCGAAAGAAAUAUUGAUACUUAUGUACUUUGUUCAUCAUGUUCCGAAACUUUAUGGCUUUCACCAGAACAUAGACAAUUUAAUAUACCAUUAAUUAGUUUAGCUGAUAUUGUACAAGCAUUUGAACAAACUGAUGAAAAUUUAGCAAUAACUUAUUCAUUUGAUUUAAGACAAAUUUUAUCAACAAUGAAAAAUAUUGAUGAGAAUGAAUUAAUAAAUUCAACUGAAGAUAAUCAUGCAUUAGUACUUAAAAAUCCAAAUUCUCUUCUAUUACAACAACGUGAUGGAAUGAAUAGAGGACUUGAUAAUGGUCGUAUGUGGUGGGGCUUACAAAUAACUGAUACUAAUACUAACACUGAUGAAAAAGAAAUAAAUCCUAUUGCUGAACUUAAAGAAGGAAGAACUGGUAUAGCUUCUGGUUAUACUCAUGAAACAUCUUGA